AUGGUGGGAGGGUUUGUUGAAGCUUUCACAGCUGAGCCCCAAGCAACUGGCGAUGCUCUUCCCGUUCCAUUUCGGAGCAUGGGUGGCUCGUCUCCGGGCUACAUUCUGGGGCUCACAAUGACUGCACUCCUCGCCCUUCUAGGUUCGGCAAGCCUAUUGAUUCGUUUUGCUGCCUGCCUGUUCUGUCGAAAGUACAAGGUCCAGGCACAAGAUGUCAUCGGCCUACUCGGAGCGGUUUGUCUUCUCUCGUUCUCUAAAACGCUGUUCAAAGAUACUAAACCCGCGAAAUCACAGCUUCCGUUCUGCGCCGUGCUCUGGUGUGGGUAUGAGAAGAUCAAAGCCAAUGUCUUCUUUACACCCCAGUCAGAUUUGAACCGAGAUGCCCUUGGGCGACUGUUCUUUCUCUCAUUCGUUGCCUCGAUGAUGUUCUACGCGAUCUGUAUACUCACCAAGUGUGCAACUCUCCUCCACUGGGCCCGAAGCCUCUUCUAUCGCGGUGUCUCGCCCGCUGCAUCCAGAACCUGCUAUAUCCUAAUCGUUGUCAUCCUCGGUUACUUCCCAGCCAUCAUCAUAUUCUUCAGUUUGCGGUGUCGCCCGCUGGGGAAGACAUGGAGUCCGUGGAUCCCGGUUUCCCGCACUAGCAACGCCCCCGUUGCCUUCGCUACAGUUUAUGUUUUAUGGGCACAGAGAUCAAGAAAGCAUAUGUGGGAAAUCUGGGUACUCUACUCGAUUGGGUUCCUGGGUGUUUGCUGUUCUGUGGGCCAACUACAAGCAAUGCAUCGAGAUCGCAAGCGAGACGAAGGAUCAAACAUCAUGUCCGAAAUAUACCUCUGGGAGCUGGCUGAAAGCACCAUUGUCAUCAUGGUAUUUUGUCUACCCAAGUUCCGGGCACUCGUCGAUAGCAAUAUCCGCAAGCGAGGGAGGAAUCAAAUACAGGCACCAGCAACUAUUGUUAAUGUGUCCUCAUUUGCCGAAGCAAUCCAGAUGAAGAGAAUGCCUAAUGCAAACAUUACAUAUAUCAUGGAAGCCCCCGCUCCCAAACCGACGGUGGACAAUAUGGAAAAUGGGUUUAUUGAGAUACUGCCUUCGAUCCAGGAGUGA